AUGCCUCCCAAGCCCGGCAUCAAUUGGGCCAUGUACGCCAAAAUGGCUGUCGCCGGCGGCAUCUGCUGCAUCGGCGGGCCCGCGCUCGUCAUCUGGGUCUCGCCCACAGAGGAAGAGCUCUACGCCAAGUACAACCCGGAGCUGCAGCGGCGCAGCCGCGAGAACCGCCAGCGCAAGCAGGAGGACUUUGACCACUUCGCCAUGAAGCUGCGGGAGUACUCGAAGAGUGACAAGCCGAUCUGGGUCGCGGCCGAAAUCGACGAGCGCAAGACGCGAGAGGGGAAGAUUGCCGAGCAGGCGAAGCUGGUGGAGGAGAUGAGGAAGAGGAGGGAGGAGAUGCAGAAUGAUGGGAUAAAGCCGGUGCCGGGUGGGAGUUUAUAA